UGUAUCGCAGUGGUGCGCGCGCGGACACCAGUCCUCCGAUAUCCCGUCAGCAUGAAAGACAGAAGCGCGUAGAGUAGAGCAGGUCUGUGCACAUGCUUUCUCUCAGCUAGUACUUUAACUAACUCACACUAAGCCAAGAUGGCGGAUGCCGACGACUGGGACGCUGACAGCUUCGAUCCAAGUGAGCCGAUCGUAGUUGCUGCCGCGCUGGUGGAUAAAUGGGAAGGCGAGGACGAGGAGGAAGACGUGAAGGAUAACUGGGAUGAUGAUGAGGAGGAGAAGGAGGAAGAGAAGAAAGUUGAACAGAUAAAAGCUGAAGUGAAACCUCCUGAGAAGAAGAAAUUAAGUGAUAAAAUAAAAGAGAAAGAACUUGCUGAAAAGAAAAAACAAGACGAGUUGAGGAAGAAACAAGAAUCAGCGAUAAGUGAGAAUCUAUCACCAGAAGAGCUUAUAGCAGAGAAGCUUCGACUGAAAAAGUUGCAGGAGGAGGCAGACUUGGAAUUGGCCCGUGAGGCUUUUGGUGUUGAUCCUGCUGCUGCAAAUUCCUCUACUACUGUUAUGACAACAAACAAUGACUCUGGAAUUGAAGCCAUGUGCCCCUCAUCCAAAGAUGACUUUGUUGCAUUUGAAAAAUUACUGAAAGAUAAGAUAACACAGUUUGAAAAAUCAGUGCAUUAUUCCAGCUUUUUGGAGUCACUGUUUCGAGAGCUUUGUAUUUCAUUGGAAGUAGAUGACCUGAAGAAAAUAAAUACUACUUUGUCUGCUCUGCUCAAUGAAAAACAAAAGCAAGAAAAGGAAAAGAAGGCAAAUAAGAAAAAGAAGAAAGGUGUACUUCCUAGUGGUGGAUUGAAAGCAAAAAUGAAAGAUGACAUUGCUGAUUAUGGUGAAUUUGACGGUGGCUACGGCAAUGACUAUGAUGACUUCAUGUGACGAAGGUUCAUCGUCCCCUUCCCAUUCCCUCUGUGCCAGACGCCCCUGGAGACAUUCAACAUUUACCCGUCCUUGCUACUCAGUGCCAUCUUGAACGCUGAACAAUGUGUCAACCCUUUACUUCGUUCCAGUGGUGACAGACUCCUCAUAAAGCUGCUAUCAGCCCAUUGUACCCCAGCGGCAAAUGGGGAAAGGCAAAUUUAUUCAGAUGGCCUUGAAUUUUUUUCAAAAACAUACUGUAUGAUGUGGGACUUCUUUGAUGGAGGCAUGUCCUCUGAUUGGCCUAAAUAAGAAUUUCAAUGCCUUAUAGAAAACUUUGUAGAAAAUAUUUCUUGAUUUCAUUAAAAGUGGCUUAUGUUUUUAAAGCUGUGCAAUUUCAGUUACACAGAAGUAAAAAAGUGAUGCUCUAUGCAAAUUA